AGUCUUCCUAGUCUCAUGCCACUCCUGCACCAUCCUCCCAAAGGUAAACAACGAGAGAUUUUACAUGUUUUUCAUUUUUUUGCAGAUUACAAGAUUUUAUUUUUUUUUUUAAAACCCCCUUUCCCCUCAAUUUUUUUGUUAACUUGAUUGCUGUAAUUUUCGCACCCGCUUAUGGGAAAAUAACCAAAUUUAAAUAAGCUGACAAAAAAAAAUCGAAAUCCGAAAGCUCAGUUGUGAUGUUUUAUGGCUAGUUACGAAUGGAUUUGUACAGUAAGCACGGGUAUGUUCCGAUUUAUUUUGGCUAGUUGUGAAACUAUUCGGUAUUGGUUAGGAAUCAUCCGAUGAUUUUUUUUCGCAAAAUAUUGAUAGAAGUAGAGUAUCAUAGGCUUCUCCCUUUUGUUUAGAUAGAUGUAUUUCUAAUGUGAGAGGGUACUAAAUUGUGCCUCUGGAAUUGUGGAAGCAUUGGAUGAUUACAGGGAUAAAAGUACACAAGCAAGAGAAGCACUAUGGAGAUCAAUGAAGAUCAUAUAACCAACAUUUAUGCUAAAGUAGAGGUUCCGCCGGAGCUGAGGAUGAACUCGCCAACAUCCGCAACCGGGCUCACGAGGCAGGGGAGUAAUGCAAAGACCAACAACUGCCUGUGCUCUCCAACGACCCACGCAGGGUCGUUCCGGUGCAGGCUCCACCGGGUACCACCGGCUCUCCAGCGGACCAAGAGCACCGACUCGAGAUCGCUCAAAGACUCCCGUUCCAAGGCUAAUAUGAGUGCUGCUGAAACUACCAAUACUGGAAACACAGUUGAGGCUCAGUAAUACUUUGUACUAUUGAUGGAUGAUGUGUUUGUUGUGGCUUUGCUAAAUCUCUUUCUUUAUUACAGUAUUAGUUUGUUUUUACA